GGAGAGAGAGACUGCUGUUUGUGCUGUUAUGUGCUCCAGGACCAAUAUUGUGUUGACACUCAUUAAUGUGCAUGGCUUUCACUAACCUCUAUGGCGUUUGCGUUGCUUUUAUUUAAGAGGUUUUUUUAGGAGGACAUUGCAGUUGUUUUACCCAGUCAUCUUCAACCAGACCCCCUACAAAAACUGCAUAUUGACCAACAUUGUUUUUAAAGCCUUUUCUUUUUUUUUUUGCCUCCCUUUUCGGUGGAGGGGAGGAGAUUCUCUUCGCCGCCAUUUUUAGGGAACUGCCUAUCGAAGAGAGAAACUUUGCUGCUUGCCUUGCUUUGCUUUAACGUUAGCAGCUAGCGGGUUGUUGGCCGCAGGCUGCUUGUUUUCAACCAGCUCCGUGGUGACAGAUAAUGUCUGGCCACUCGUUAGCCAACUCAGCUAGCCUCACGAUGAUUUAAAUUUAUCCCCGCUGCAAAACCAGCCUGAAUGACCAGAAACAAACACCGGUAAUGGGGACAAAGACUGGAAGGCAGAUAGAUAUAUUCGAGUUAGGGCAAUUAUGCUGCGAGAUUAGCAAAUUAGCAUAGCUAACUAGCAACUCCAAGCUUUGAUUUCUCUGGACGGCAUUGCCUGUCUGUGAUUUAGCCACCUUUGCGCUGCUGUGGUCGGGGCGACAGGAUUACUUUCCACUCCUCAACCUGUGUGGUUUCCUUUUUGCUGGGUGCCGAUGUGAGCGCUUCCUUUGGCUCGUCCGUCGCUGCAAAUGAAUCUACGGCUGCUUCGGUGUAGCUCAGCGCCCAGAUAGUCCCGUCCCCUCUGUGCGGGUGAGAUACGGGACUACGUAAGCCAAGAUGCCAUCCUCGGUGAGGGCAGGGAGCCUGAAGGAUCCGGAGGUGGCCGAGCUUUUCUUCAAGGAAGAUCCAGAGAAGCUCUUCUCCGACCUCCGAGAGAUCGGCCAUGGCAGCUUCGGCGCCGUCUACUUUGCACGAGAUGUGCGAACAAAUGAGGUGGUGGCAAUUAAGAAGAUGUCUUACAGCGGCAAACAGUCUAAUGAGAAAUGGCAGGACAUCAUAAAGGAGGUGAAGUUUUUGCAGAGGAUCCGUCACCCCAACAGCAUAGAAUACAAAGGUUGUUACCUCCGUGAGCACACAGCGUGGCUGGUGAUGGAGUACUGCCUCGGCUCAGCCUCUGACCUGCUGGAAGUUCAUAAAAAACCUUUACAAGAAGUUGAGAUUGCUGCCAUUACCCAUGGUGCUCUGCAGGGGCUGGCCUACCUUCAUUCCCACAACAUGAUACACAGGGAUGUAAAAGCAGGYAACAUCCUGCUGACUGAACCGGGCCAGGUCAAACUGGCAGACUUUGGCUCCGCCUCAAUUGCCUCACCUGCCAACUCUUUUGUUGGAACGCCAUAUUGGAUGGCCCCGGAGGUGAUUCUAGCUAUGGAUGAGGGCCAGUAUGAUGGGAAGGUGGAUGUCUGGUCUUUAGGGAUCACCUGUAUAGAAUUAGCUGAGAGGAAGCCUCCAUUGUUUAACAUGAAUGCAAUGAGUGCCUUAUACCACAUAGCGCAGAAUGAGAGCCCCACGCUGCAGUCCAGUGAAUGGACGGAUUACUUUAGAAACUUUAUCGAUUCUUGCCUUCAGAAAAACCCCCAGGACAGACCCCAUUCUGACGACAUGUUGGGUCAUGCGUUUCUGCAGCGUGAGCGUCCAGACUCUGUGUUGAUGGAUCUUAUUCAGAGGACUAAGGACGCGGUGCGAGAGCUGGACAACCUGCAGUACCGCAAGAUGAAGAAGAUCCUCCUGCAGGAGGCUCACAACGGGCCCACCACAGAAACCCAGGAUGGAGAUGAGGACCUGGAGUUAGGCRGCGGUCGAACGGGAACCGUGAACAGCGUCGGCAGUAAUCAGUCCAUCCCUAGCAUGUCCAUCAGUGCCAGCUCCCAGAGCAGCUCCGUCAACAGUCUGAAUGAGGCGGCGCAGGACAGCCGCAGUGAGCUGGACCUGAUGGAGGGAGACCACACCGUCAUGUCCAACAGCUCGGUCAUACACCUCAAACCGGAGGAAGAGGAGAGCAUCUGUGCUGAGCAGGCAGCCAGCAGUCAACCUACUGAGCCACAGCAAGCACCAGCUCAGGCCCCGAGAAAGCACUAUCGCAACAGAGAGCACUUUGCUACCAUACGCACAGCAUCACUUGUGACCCGUGAGAUGCAGGAGCACGAGCAGGACUCAGAGCUGAGGGAGCAGAUGUCAGGGUACAAACGCAUGAGGCGGCAGCACCAGAAGCACCUGAUGGCCCUGGAGAACAAGCUGAAAGGCGAGAUGGACGAGCACCGGCUGCGGCUGGACAAAGAGCUGGAGAGUCUCAGGAGCAACUUCACCCAGGAGAUGGAGAAACUGCUCAAAAAGCACCAGGCGUCCCUGGAGAAAGACCUGAAGACGUUUGCAAACGAUGAGAAGAAGUUCCAGCAGCACAUUCAGGUUCAGCAGAAGAAGGAGCUCAGCAGCUUCCUGGAGUCACAGAAACGGGAAUAUAAACUGCGCAAGGAGCAGCUGAAAGAGGAACUGAGCGAGAACCAAUCGACUCCCAAAAAAGAAAAGCAGGAGUGGCUGUCCAAACAGAAAGAAAACAUCCAGCACUUCCAGGCAGAGGAGGAGGCCAACCUGCUGAGGAGACAGAGGCAGUACCUGGAGCUGGAGUGUCGGCGCUUCAAACGCAGGAUUCUGAUCGCCAGACACAACGUGGAGCAGGAUCUGGCUAGAGAGGAGUUGAACAAGCGGCAAACCCAGAAGGACCUGGAGCACGCGAUGCUGCUCAGACACCACGAGUCGAUGCAGGAGCUGGAGUUCAGGCAUCUAGCGACGAUUCAGAGAGCCCGGGCCGAUCUGAUCCGAACCCAGCACCAGACGGAGCUCACCAACCAGCUGGAGUACAACAAGAGGAGGGAGAGGGAGCUGAGGCGCAAGCAUGUCAUGGAGGUCCGACAGCAGCCCAAGAGUCUGAAGUCCAAGGAGCUGCAGAUUAAGAAGCAGUUCCAGGAUACAUGUAAAACCCAGACCAGGCAGUACAAGGCACUCAGGAACCACCUGCUUGAGACCACACCAAAGUCCGAGCACAAGGCCGUGCUGAAGAGACUGAAGGAGGAGCAGACCAGGAAGCUGGCCAUCCUGGCCGAGCAGUACGACCACUCCAUCAACGAAAUGCUUUCCACGCAGGCUCUGCGGCUGGAUGAGGCUCAGGAGGGGGAGUGUCAGGUUCUUAGGAUGCAGCUGCAGCAGGAGCUGGAGCUGCUCAACGCCUACCAGAGCAAGAUCAAGAUGCAAACAGACGCACAGCACGACAAGGAGAGGCGGGAUCUGGAGCAGAGGGUGUCUCUGCGGAGGGCUCUGCUGGAGCAGAAAAUUGAGGAGGAAAUGCUUUCCCUGCAAAACGAGCGUCUGGAGCGRAUCCGCUCUCUGCUGGAGCGCCAGGCCCGAGAGAUCGAGGCGUUCGACUCGGAGUCGCUGCGGCUGGGCUUCAGCAACAUGGUGCUCACCAACCUGGCUCCCGACACGCAGGGAGGCUGGGGGGGAGCGGGUGGGGGAGGCCAGGGAGGUCAGGGCGGCGGCGGCCAGUGGCCCGGAGGAGGAGGAGGAGGCGGCGGCAACCACAGCCACCACCACCAGGGGGGCUCCAGCUCGCAGCAGCCCUGGGGUCAUCCCAUGCUGUCUGGCGGCCCGCCUCCCUGGAGCCUCCACCACCCCGGAGGAGGGAGCCAGAGGAGCGGUCAGGGAGGCGCGGGAGGGGUGAGGAACAGCCCGCAGGCUAUGAGGAGGACGCCAUCGGGGGGGAGGAGUGAACAGGGCAUGAGCAGGAGUGCCAGCAUCACCUCUCAGAUCUCCAACGGAUCCCACCUGUCCUACACCUAGAACACGGUCCUUAACCGCUGUGUUUUAAUGUAAUAUUACACACACACACAAACACACACACACACACACACACACACACUCACACUGCACAACUCUGACACUGGGUUUCCAUGAACCCAGCUUUCCACUCACCAUGUUUCUCCGCUUGCAGCCGUCUGUGGAGCCCCAGUAGAGUUGAGGCGGAGCUUUUCUCCGACGUGCCGCUGGGUUUGUUUUUAUUUUCACCACAGCCUGCAGAUCUGUUUUUAAUGGGCUGAUUUUUCUAACGCGAUGUCUCUGUUGCCAUAUACCCUCACUGGUAUCUUCACCAUGGAGUUUAUCAAGUAAGAAUAGUUGUCAGUAUGCUGAGCRAGAUGUCUGAAGAUGCAGGAGCUGCUGUAACCGUCAGGAUUUACCAAGUAAUCCUUGUGAGUUGAUGCCAAAUYGUUUGUAGCUCGAUAAAUGGAAAGAAUAUUGAAAUGCAGGUAAAAGAGAAGGUAGGAAAAAACAUUUAAGGUAGUAGAGAAGAAGCAGAGGGAUAAUAAAAGUCGUUCAUUAGUGAGUUGAGCUAUUAAUGACAUGCUAAUGUUUAGAAAAAAGAUGGUUGGAUUUAUACUAAAUGUCGCUGCCAUCAUGUGAAGUAUUUAGUGUCAGAGCUUCAGUGCAGUGUUGAGUCAGUAAAUGUCACAUGGCCAAGUCGAAGCAGUU